AUGGAUGAGUCUCGCUGUUCACCCGAGGCUUCCAGCAAGCCCACUACGGAAGCUAUGGCUCAAUUGCUCCUAUCCGGUUGGGCAAUGAUGGCUGAGAAUUGCUCCGAGUGUCAUGACGUGCCGUUGAUGCGUAGCUCUCAGGGCGUUUUGAAAUGUUGCCGUUGCAAUAAAGAGAGUCGUCCAGGUGUGUUGUGCUAUCUGUUGUUCCUUAGCUCACUCUCUUGUAAAGCCUGUGAUGAGGAAGUGCGCUCGAGCAAUGUAGCGGAUCGACACAAGUACCGCAUUGUUAACGAGUGUGGUCUCGAUUCGAGUGUUAUGACUGGCAUUCACGGAGCUGAUGGGGAUCGUGUGCUACCUAAGACACUAGUUGUUGGUCGUACACCGUCGUCCACCAAGGCUGAUGGUCGCCGCCUCCAGCAGCUCUGUCUGUUACGUCUCGAGCUAAACAAGGCCCUAGAUCGUGAGGUAAAUGUGCUGGACCAACUUGAACGCACGUUACGUCUGUUGGACAUUGUGGAAUCGAAGCUAUGA